AUGCUCCAGAACAACCUCCUUCAGAACGUGGCUCAAAAUCGUCUCUGCACGGUAAAAAUCCCUCAGCUCUCGUCGUAUGCUCCUGGCACUAAUCCACAAAAUCAGGCACUUGGAGUCAAAGUUGUCACGGGCAAUGAGGUGGUCCUCCUGGCCAGGGCCGCUGGGUACGAUUCCGUCUUCAUUGAUCUCGAGCACUCCAUCUUUUCUGUCACCGACGUCAGCCGACUAUGUUCGGCGUCGCUGCUGGCGGGAAUCACGCCUUUUGUUCGCGUGCCACGCCAGUGUGGGCCUGGCUUUGUGCAAAGGAUCCUCGACGGGGGUGCAAUGGGGGUCAUCUUUCCACAUGUUAGCACUGUCGAAGAAGCCCAGCAAAUGGUCUUCUGUACCAAGUUCCCUCCUCGAGGGAACCGUUCUCUCACGGCGGCGCUGCCGCAAUUUGAUUUCCAAAGGAUUGCAGCCACACAAGUCAUCCAGCAGCUCGACGCAGACGGGUCGACCGUCUUCAUCCUAGUGGAAACCCGGAAGUGCCUUGACAACCUAGACGCCAUUGCCGCCGUCCCGGGCGUCGAUGUCUUGCUGCUCGGCGCAAACGACCUGUCUCUGGAACUGGGCAUUCUGGGCGAGUGGGACCAUCACCUCUUCGAUUCAGCUCUGGGAGCCGUGGCGGCUGCUGCUCAGAGAGCGGGCAAGAUCUGGGGCAUCGCCGGCCUGUACACCCGGUCCGACAUCUGUAAGCGUGCAGUAACCGAGUUGGGAGCCCGGUACCUGUUGGGACACUACGAUCUCGGACUGCUCGCCAUGGGAAUGAACAAGAACAUGGAACAACUCAGAGACAUGGGUCCUUGA